AUGAACGUUGACGCUGAUGGUAGGCGGCUUCCUGUCGACAGUCCAAUUAUCGGUCAUACACUUAGAACGGUGUCCAGUAAUUCAAGCAUCUCCAGUGCAGCCAGCGGAGCUAGCCUCAACCGCCAACCUAGGACUCGCGGUCGUUCACGAACAGUGACGGGGAACUCCGCUAUAAAGCCAAACACUACCAAUGUUGUCAACCACGACCAAAUGUCUAUUAGCACAGGUCCUGUGGCGGCGGAUACAAGCCGGGCGGAAGAAUCAAAUGCGGAGGAGCCGAUAAGAAUGACUAAAGCUGCGAAACAGGGUUCACAGUUAGCUGCUAUCAAGACCAAGCAACCGCCAUCUGCAUUUUCCCGAGUUCCACUUUCUCAAAUUGAUGCCAUAGAGGGAGUUGGAGUAAAUGUUAGAGACUCGAUGAUCACACAAGAGUCGGAGCAAACAAAUAUUUCUACAGUCUACCCACUGUCAACAUUGUCUUCCGCAACUGCCUCUCCUCGUUCCCCCACAUUCUCAGAGCGGUCUGUCCAGGUCGAUGACUUCAAGUCUUUCGAAGAAGACGACGUCUCAUACCGUCUCCGACUUUUAGUCAAUAACAAUUACUUUCUUCCUCCAGCCCAUUCAAAGCCACUUCCCGCUCAAUUGAUUCCUGCCACUAAUCCCAAUGCGGUCAAAAAGCUUCCCGCACCGACGUUUCUUGACCUUUUUCGGAUCGGUAGAUCAAAAUCCAAACCUCCGACGCCGACAUCCGAAAGUGGCAAUGGCGGCCAAGCUCUUACUCCUGCCUUACGCACAACGUCGGAUGCCACAGCCGUAUCAGGUUUUCCGAUGCAAAUGCAGACUGCAGUCUCUUCCUCCUCUUCCUCCGCUCCUCCUCGUACUUCCAAUUUAGGUAGACAACCAGACCGCUCAGGUCGUGUUGUAGUGGUAAGGGAGAAAAUGGCUGAUUUGGCUAGCGCAGCCAAGCAAGCCGAAUUCGAGGUGAAAAUCCGCUCGUUACAGCGCGAUACUCGACGCGAACAGGCUGUCAAUCUACCAUCUAUGGACGACGUGAUAGAUCCUACAGAUGCAGUAGAUCUACCACUUCCAUCCUCUGCAUAUCCUUUUGCCGUUCAAACAUCCGCUUUGCAUGGUCUAGGUGUCCAUGAAUCAGUAGGUGCUGCCGCGUUAGCUUCUCGUCUUCCACCUCCUCGAGAUCGCAGUUCAGCUCUGUCGUCUCUUGGUCCAGAUGAUGACGAAGAGGAUUGGAAGAAGGCAUUAUUAAAAGCUGCCGUUGGUCAUUCAUUCGAUAAUCUUACUGUUGCCGCUGAAGGUGCACUUGCUCGAUCUCCAAGGUCACCGAGGUCUCCAUCAUCGUCUAUGAUGUCGUCUCUGCCACCAGGAUCACCUGCACCAUCUCCCGUGCCGAUCACCUCUGCCCCGGUGCCUGCGGCGAGGAUCAACAAAAAGAUCAUAAGCAGCCCUAUUCAACUUGACACCUCGUUAUCAAAGUCCCCUAGCGUUCAUAGUGCUAGCCACAUCCAAACUCAUGCUUUCACAAAUCAUUCUCGGCCUCGCGGAUGGUCUUCUCCCGCCUCUCCAACUUCUCCUUCUUCCGCGCCCUCGCCUAUACCCAUCCGUACCGAAACCCCCUUGGAUCUGAUGCCGCUGAUGCCUCCCCCAAGGUCUCCGAAGUCCCCUAGAUCACCUAAGUCAGUGAAGAGGGAAAUAAUCAACCCUGUGUAUUCGAUUUCGCAGACGGAUCUUACUGAAACAGCAGGUCCUGCUGCUGCGUCAGUUUCUCAGGGCUGGAACGGAGGGAAUACUAACUAUAUAUAUACAAUGACCCCGCCGCCUGGGUACUGGAGAAGUAGAGGACUGGGUAUGACACCAAGAGACUCAUCCGAGUCGUCCCAAUCGUCUUUUAGACCUAGAGACUCCUCUGACCGGGAGACAACAAACUCGAAUACAAGUCGGAGUAGGCGUACUGCUGGAAGUGGUGUUGCAGAUCCUGAAACACCAGAUUCGAUAUCUAUGUAUUCAACCGUGACUGGAGUCUUUCCUGACGAAGAAAACGAGAACUUACCCAGGGCUAGUUCAUCUAGGUCGACAAUUACUUCGACAGCACAAUCACCUACGACAUCUGCGUUCCAAGAUGCUUUAAGUCGGAAUCCUUCGGAGUUGCGGAUUGACGGCGACGGUCAUGCUCACCAACAAACAACCGAUCCACCUCCCGUGCCUUCACUCGCAGGUCCUACAAAUGGCACCUCGGCACCCUCUGCGUCAGUAUCAUCUCCAUUCCAGCCUCCAGAGCCUAUAGAGCGCUCAGAUCCAGCAGCUCCAGCAUCUCCUCGCCCUUCAUCAGCUUCUUCCUUACCCAUACCUUCAGCGUCCCUCACUCCCGCAACACCAGUAUCUGCACCUUCCCGGACCACUUCUCUCCAUUACAGAGAUCUCCGAAACCGACAUUUCUCCGCACUCAUGCAAAACAAUACACUCCCAACGUAUGCUUCUUACCUAUCGCAUCCUCCAUCUGCGUACAAUACCAACAUGCCUCCUCCGCCUACCCUCGCGCAUCGCUCGGCAUCAGACCACGGGCAUGGAACUUUUAAUCCGCCUCCGCCAGCAUUAAGGAAAAGACCACCGACUGCACCUGCUGCUCCGAUAUUAACACCGAGGAUAGAACUCAUAGAAAUUUCCGCACCAGAACCAACGACACCCCCGUUUCCCUCUUUCGCGUCAUUACCUUCCUUUCCUUCUUUGCCAACGAUACGAUCACCUUCCUCCCCAUCUUCGGCCCGCUCUGUUCACUCUGCUCGGUCCGCUCCUCCCUCUCCUCCUUCCCCGCUUUCUCCGCUUUCCUCAUCCUAUCCUUCUUCACAAUCCCCUUCUUCUCUGCCCUCCCAAUCCCAGCCUUCGCUAAUCGAGCGUCGUCAUCACGGAGUCGGGAAUCCUCUACGUGGAAGUUUACACAUCCCCACGUCCAUCAUACCUCCGGCGAUCCACUCCGCACCUCCCCCUGCAACUCCUCCUUCUUUCUCUUCUUCUUUACCUUUAUUCGCUGGACCUCCUUCAGCUGGACCGUCUUCUAUGAUGAUGAUGACCCCACCGUCCUCGUCUAUGUCGUUCUUUGAUACCAUUCAAACUCAACCGAAUGCGAUGGAUUAUUUGGAUGAGUCCUCUGAUGGGUCUUCUGACGAUGAUGAUGAGGAUGAAGAUGAAGAUGAGUGUGAGUAUGAUAAUGAGGGUGAUGAAAAUAGGGCUGGAAACGAAAACAUUGAGAAGGAUGAUGACAAUCAUGAUGACGAGGGAGAGGAGGACUUCCGGACUGCAGAAGGAGGAACUACAGCUGGUAGUGGAAGAGAAAGGGGGGCAUCUGUUACCAAUUCGAUGUUAUCUUCCCUUUCCGCCUACUCCACCCCUUCAGCACAACAUACAGCACGACGCCCGUCGACAAGUCGAUCGAAUAUCUCAAGUCACUCGAAUUUAUCAAACCAUUCCAAUCGCUCAAACUUUUCGAUUCGUACCCCCUUGAUGCGAUUAGGAAAUCAUUCUACACCCUAUGUCUCGCAUACAUCCCUUCACGCAUCCGAUACAGGUAUCGACCGUAGACUACCUAUUGGGAAUAUUGCAGAAAGCAAAUCACCCAGAGAGUUCUUCACGAAGAAGAUGAGGGACGACGAGCAGGUGCUAGAGUCGAAGUGGGAUCUGUGGAAAUAUACGAGGGUGGGACAGGGGGAGGGUGUGCGUGCUGAUGUGGUCACAGGAUCCGGAGUAGGGACUGGUACUGGUACGGAUAUUGUUGGUACCGGGGCAGAGAUAGCAGGAGAGGUAGAAGUAGCGGCAGGGCCGAGUUCGCGGUCUUACUCCUACUCUUACUCUAGUCACCCAUACGCCCGUGCGUACGGUCCUCAUCAUUCGAGAAAUUAUUCAAGAGACGCGCCUUCGUCUUUCGCGGGAAUCUCAGGCAGCUCAGGAACUGCCGUGGGUGGAAGUCGCAUUAGAGCGACAUCGUCGUCUUCAGAUCGAGGAUACGGGUAUGGGUACGGUUCUCAGACUCAAACUCAACAAGCCCAGACUCAGGCUCAGCAGAAAAUGGAGUCAAAAAAGUUGGACGGGAUGUUGAAAAUGCAUAUGGAGGCGGAAAAGGAUCAAAUGAAGAAGAUGGCAGAGAGGAUGAAACAGACACAGAUACAGGAUAAGGCGAGUGGCGGUAGAGGUGCCAUUAAGUCAAAGCGUUGA